AUGUCGGCAUCCCAUGAGGAUAAGCUGGCAGGCAACGAGCUUCAGAAUGCCGUCACGCGCAGCGACAGCGGCAGAAACGAGAAGGGCGUCACUGGCACCGCUUCCAACCCCAACGCCGACAGCGAAAGCGUGCUUGUUGACCGCGACAAUGCCGACCAGCUCAAACGUCACUUGACCAACCGUCACAUCCAACUCAUCGCCAUCGGCGGCUCUAUUGGCACGGCUCUCUUCAUCAGCAUCGGCACCGGUCUCGAACGCGGCGGCCCGGCCAGUCUGUUGAUCGGUUACACGCUCCACUCCAUCAUGGUCGGUCUUGUCAAUAACGGAAUGGCCGAGAUGUGCACCUACAUGCCCGUCACCGGCUCCUUUAUCCGCAUGGCUGGCAAGUGGGUGGACGAGUCGUUUGGCUUCAUGGCCGGAUGGAACUUCUUCCUGUACGAAGCCUUCCUCAUUCCGUUCGAGAUCUCUGCCCUGAACCUGGUCCUCACCUUCUGGCGCGAUGACAUCCCUGCCGCCGCCGUGUGCGUGGGAUGCAUCGUGCUGUAUGGCCUGCUCAAUGUCGUCGCCGUCAAGUACUUUGGUGAGGCCGAGUUCUGGUUGGCCAGCGGAAAGCUGCUGCUCAUCGCCAUCGCCUUCUGCUUCACCUUUAUCACCAUGGUCGGCGGUAACCCGCAGCGCGAUGCGUACGGCUUCCGUACCUGGCAGAACCCGGGUGCAUUUGCAACAUACAUCGGCACCGGUGAUCUCGGACGCUUUCAGGGUCUGCUCGCUUCCAUCUUUUCCGCCGGCUUCACUGUCGUUGGGCCCGAGUACAUAUCCAUGGUUGCCGGCGAAGCCAUGCGUCCCCGCAUCUAUCUGAAGCAAGGCUUCAAGACUGUCUACUGGCGAUUUGGUGUCUUCUUCAUCGGCAGCGCCAUUGCCAUUGGAAUCAUCAUCCCGUACAAUGACCCAAAACUAGAGAACGCCGGCGCCGGGACGGCAGAGGGCUCGCCGUACGUUAUCGCCAUGCAGAACAUGGGCAUAAGCGUACUGCCCCACGUCAUCAACGCUCUGCUCUGCACCAGUAUCUUCUCGGCCGGCAAUGCCUACACUUAUUGCGCCAUGCGCUGCUUAUAUGGCCUUGCCCUCGACGGCCAAGCCCCGGGCAUCUUUAAAAAAUGCUUGAAGAAUGGCAUUCCCAUCUACGCCUUCGCCGUCACGAUGCUAUUCCCCCUGUUAUCCUUCCUGCAGGUUUCCAACAACACUGCACAGGUCGUCACGUGGCUCCAGAGUUUGACUCAAGCUGCGCAGCUACUGAACUACGUCGUCAUCUCGAUCGUAUACGUCUUCUUUUACAGAGCCUGCAAGGCCCAGGGGCUGGAUCGUAAGAGUCUGCCCUACUACGGAUACUUUCAGCCAUACUGCGCAUACAUUGCAAUCGUCUGGAUGACUUUUAUGGUCACCUGUUUCGGCUACGCGACCUUUCUCCCUGGCCGCUGGGACACCCUGACCUUCUUUUCCUACUACACCAUGAUUUUUGUCGGCAUUAUCACAUUUUCUUCAUGGAAACUCCUCAAGAGAACUCGCUUCAUCCCCGCCGCAGAAGCCGAUCUCGUAUGGGACAAGCCCAUUAUCGAUGCUUACGAGGCUCAGUUUACUGAACCACCGACUCGGUUCCGUGACGAUAUACGAAAGAUUCUUGGGUGGAAAAAAACCAGAGAGGAGGCCAUGGACUAA